AGCUAAUUGACAAUUGUACUACUUGUACUGCAAGAUUUAUUAACUUCGAAUUCUCAGCAGCGAACAUUUACUAUAAAUUGCUCAUUCGAAGUUGUGAAUGUCAUUAGUUCAGUAUUAACUGUUAACAAAGCACAAACCAACCACAACAAAAUGAAAUUCCUCAUCUGCUUGGCUCUCAUCUUCGCCGUCGCUCAGGCUAACCCCGGUAUCGUGGCUCCAUUGGCUUACUCUGCUGUGCCCAGCGUUGCCACUUAUGCCGCCUCUCCUUAUGCCUACAGUGCUUAUGCUGCGCCAGCCGUUGCCACCUACUCUCAUGCCGCUUACUCCGCACCAGCUGUGGCCACUUACUCUCACCUCGCUGCUCCAGCUGUGUACAGCGCUCCAGUUGCUCGUGUCGCCGCUGUGGCUCCUGUUGCCUACUCUGCUCCAGUCGUCUCCACUUUGUUGAAGAAAUAUCUAUUAUCUCAGAAUUCUCAGCAGCGAAAAUUUACUAUAAAUUGCUCAUUCGAAGUUGUGAAUGUCAUUAGUUCAGUAUCAACUGUUAACAAAGCACAAACCAACCACAACCAAAUGAAAUUCCUAAUCUGCUUGGCUCUCAUCUUCGCCGUCGCUCAGGCUAACCCCGGUAUCGUGGCUCCAUUGGCUUACUCCGCUGUGCCCAGCGUUGCCACCUAUGCCGCCUCCCCUUAUGCCUACAGCGCUUAUGCGGCGCCUGCCGUCGCCACCUACUCCCAUGCCGCUUACUCUGCCCCAGCUGUGGCCACUUACUCUCACCUCGCUGCUCCAGCUGUGUACAGCGCUCCAGUUGCUCGUGUCGCCGCUGUGGCUCCCGUUGCCUACUCAGCUCCAGUCGUCUCCACUUUGUUGAAGAAAUUCCUCAUCUGCUUCGCACUCCUCUUCGCCGUCGCUCAGGCCAAUCCCGGUUUGGUGGCUCCUUUGACUUACUCCGCCGCUGCUGUGCCCGCCUAUGCCACCUACGCCGCCGCUCCUUAUGCUGCCUCUCCUUAUGCCGCUUACUCCACCUAUGCCGCUCCCGCCGUGGCCACCUACUCACAUGCCGCCUACUCUGCCCCAGCUGUGGCCACUUACUCCCAUGUUGCUGCUCCUGCUGUGUACAGUGCACCAGUUGCAUCCGUAGCUUCAGUCGCCCCAGUGGCUCCAGUCACCUACUCCGCUCCCUUGGUGUCCACCUUGUUGAAGAAGAAUGUUGGAGUUGCGCUAAUCAAUAUCAUUUUACAGACAUUUGUCGUUAAGCAAACAACAAACAACAAAAAAAAUAAAAAAUCAAAAAUGAAAUUCCUCAUCUGCUUGGCUCUAAUCUUCGCCGUCGCUCAGGCUAACCCCGGUAUCGUCGCACCAUUGGCUUACUCCGCUGUGCCCACAGUUGCCACCUAUGCCGCCUCUCCUUAUGCCUACAGUGCUUAUGCUGCGCCUGCCGUUGCCACCUACUCACACCUUGCUGCUCCAGCUGUGUACAGCGCUUCAGUUGCCCAUGUUCCCGCUGUAGCUCCCGUCGCUCGUGUAGCUGCAGUCGCACCAAUUGCUCGUGUUGCCGCUGUUGCACCUAUUGCUCCCGUCGCCUACUCAGCUCCAAUCGUUUCUACUCUCUUGAAGAAGUAAAUUUUUAUUAGUAAUAAUUUAAAAAUUCUUGAGGAUCAGUUGAAGAACCUGUAUAUACGUGUAAAAUAAAAAAUUAUUUGUUGAAAAUGUAAA